AUGUCUUCUACUCCUAUACUAACUGUUGAUGAUGUAUUAUCUCAAUUACCUAAUCAAAGAUCCUCACAACCUUCACAACAAGGAGCUGGAAAUUCUCGUCUUCAAACUAAUGUACAACAAGAGGUUGAGCGUCGUCAACGUAGAAGUGGACAGAUAUCUACAUAUCAUUGUUGUAAGGAUGUCAAUGACAAGCCAAAUGCUUUGCGUAUUAUUAUGGAAUUUGAUAAGUAUAACUCACCUAUUGGAGAGGCUGCGGGUUUGCUUGCAGGAAUAUGUGGACUGGUAGAAACAAACAUUCUCUUUUUUCCUAUAGGUUUUGAAAAAUGGUCAAGUAUUCCCGAAGGUUAUUUUAAUAAACAGAGGAAAAUUCUUUUUCAGUCUCGAUUUUGUUUCAAGGUACAUGAAGAUUUAGCUAAAAGAUAUAUUGAGGUUUCGAUUGGCAAAAACUGGAAGAAGUAUAGGCUUAAGCUUUGGAAUGCUAAGUAUGACCCACUUGUGAGCAAAAGUCAAAUUAUUGAAAAUAAACCCGAGGAUGUUAAUUUGGACCAUUGA